GUAACUGGAAGCGUUUUGGCAAGGGCCCAAAAAGCUGGCUAAUGCCAAGGGCUCUGCUCAAACCUUUUGGCUCUCUAGGGUCACUACCCAUUACCCAGCUCUUGUCACAGAGUGUUCAGGUUGGCAAGGCUUUGGGGACCACUGAGCCAGCACCCUCAUCUCACGUGAGAUGAGGCCUGGGAUGGUCCUUUGGCAACCCAAUGCUGGGCAGAACCCUCCCAGCCUCCAGCACCUGGGCUCCAAAACUAGAAACUGAGCUGUGCCAUUUGGAAUCUGCCUUGAAAACUCCCUGGGCCUGCUCCGCUCCCCACACCAGACCACUCUCUGCUUAGGCUGAGGGGGUUUUAGGCACUUUUGCAAUUCAACUGAGCAGUGAGAGGGGAGGGGAGGGCAUUGAAAGAUGACUUGAGGUUUACCCAGCAGGAGACUGAACCUGCUCCACCCAGAACCCUUCUUUAUUCUAAGGCACGUGACAUGCUUCAUGGCAGUGACCCUUUAUCCGGGUCCACCUCGCAAAUCUACUUGGGAUUUGAGCUGAAAGAGCUGGUGAGUCCCUCACUCUCUUUUCUCACUGGGAACCAGCUUUGCUAAAGGCCUGGUAUUCAGCCUUCUGUCCCAGACAAGCCUGGGUACCUUUGGGUACUAAUGAGAGCCCCUCCUUUCCACUUUGGGACCUGGUCCUGCCUGGGAAAUUCACACAAAUGGUGUGAAAUUUGCCCCUACUUUGUUUUCUUUACUGACUUGGAGCUAUAGCAGACCCCUCACCUCCACCCUGGACCCUGUUUACUCAACUGGGAGAGAUUUCACACCCAAGAACACAGCUCUCUCUCCAGGAUCCCCCUCCCUAGAUCUUUACCAGCAUCCCGCAUCCCCCAUGCUUGCAUUGCCUGAAUAAUUGAUGAGUCAAGGCAGGGCUUAUAAAAGGGUCUCUAGGGGAAAAGCCAAAAGAGUGCUGAAGGUUCUGAGAACUGGAAAAGCUGUCUGGCUUGGUGUCCCAAGGAUGGACCCUGCUGUCCCUGCUGCUGACCCUGCAGCUGCUCCUGCUGCUGCUCCUGCUGCUGUCCCUGCUGCUGCCCCUGCAGCUGCUCCUGCUGCUGCCCCUGAUGCUGUCCCUGAUGCUGCCCCUGAUGCUGUCCCUGAUGCUGCCCCUGAUGCUGCCCCCCAUGGCCAGGACCUGGCCCAAGCCCCUGCCCUAGCACAAAUCAAUGGACGAGAAGGUGCUGAGAAUGAACGAGAAGCUUAUCUUUGGAGACCCUGGCUGUCCUCUAUAAAUGACCAGCCAAGGCAGGCUAGGAGCCUGGUGGACUGGGCUGCUGGUGAGGCAACAGCUGCUGAGGCCAAGGCUGACUCAGAGUUCCACCACCCUGUCAGGCUCUACUGGCCUAGGUCCCGCUCCUUUGACUACCUGUACAGUGCUGGGGAGAUAUUACUACACAACUUCCCUGUCCAAGCCACCAUCAACUUAUAUGAGGAUUCCGACAGCGAAGAGGAUGAGGAAGAUAAGGAGGAGGACGAGGAGGAAGAAGAGGAAGAGGUCAAUGAAAUUGAAGCAGAAGGGUGUGUGGGGGUACCACACGAGGCCACAGCUCAUUCCCCUGACCCAUACUCGACCAGUCCAAAUUGAAGCAAUUCCAGUUAAACUUGGCAGGUUUCCAAGGGCAUCAAUUAGCAAAGCGUCUCCAGACCCAGCUUUUCUGGAUUGAAACCAGUGUCCUCAGGCUGUCUAGCUCACCCUGGCUUUCUGGAUUGGCCUGCAAGUCUAGGCCUCUGGCAUGUUCUUGUCUGGGCUGCUCUUGUGCCAACAGUAGGAGGUUCCUCGGGCCUGGAAGGGACUAGGGAAGACUUGAUUUCUGAAGCCCUCAUGAAGUAGAGCAGAAAGGAUACCCCUGUACAGUGAGCAGUCACUCCUCAGGGCCUUUCGAGUUUUCAAAGAUACCAACACCAGUUCCAAGCAAUACUAAGGCAUCUGGAGGGAAGGGAAGGGAAGGGUGUGGAAGGGAAGAAGAACCUUAAGAAUCUGCUUAUCUGGGGACCUGCAUCCCACUUUGCCUGCUAUUCACUUAGUCUGGGUAUUGGCCUAAGGUGAGUCAGGAGAAAAAUAAAUGGAAUGAUGUUUGCUUUUUUCUUGGAA